CAAAAGAAAAAGCGAAAAGAAUUGAUACGGUGACUGGAACUAUUCUGUUAAAAUGAGUGAGAUAAGGUUCAAAUCUAUCAACAAACUCGAUGGCUCGUUUGUUCUCAUCUUCGGGGGAACUAAGGGCAUUGGACUCUCCGUUGCGGCGGCAGCCCUGGAACACGGAGCGUCCGUUUUUGUGACGAGUUCCCAGGAAGAAAACGUCCAGCGUGCGAUAACUGAGCUGAAAACUACAUAUCAUAGUAGUGAGUUCCAUCAUCGCAUCUCUGGAGCCCCCUGCGAUCUCGGCUCUUCCGACCAGCUGGAAGACAACCUGCGGAAACUGUUUGAACUGGCCUCGAGUGGAUUACCAAAUGAAAAGCGGCUUAUCGACCAUAUUAUCUUCACGGCUGGUGAUACUCUCAAGGUUGUCCCUCUCAAUGAUUCGACACCUGCGUCGAUUCUCAAGUCCGGUACUGUUCGCUUCCUUGCGCCAUUGAUUAUAGGGAAGCUCGCUGCGAAAUAUAUGCGUAUUUCGAAUCGAUCCUCAAUUACUCUUACUAGUGGAUCCAUGACUCGGCGACCUGAGGCAGACUGGACAGUCCUCGCAGCCUUCGCUUCCGGAACCGAGGGUAUGCGAUUUGGGCUAUCUAAGGACUUGGCACCUAUCCGAGUAAAUGUUGUCGCGCCUGGUGUUGUGCAGACACCAUUGCUGGCCAGGCUCCCUGAACAAGCGAAAGAAAACUGGAGGAAGACACUGCUGACAGGAGAAUUGGGUUGGCCAGAGGAUGUAGCAGAGGCCUACAUCUAUUCCAUGAAGGAUCGUUCUGCCACAGGAGCUCUGGUUGACAGCAGUGAUGGAAGAAUCUUCAACUAGG